AUGUGCAAUGGCGAUACAAGUCCAUCUAUUCAGGAUAUAGCCAACAUUUGCUAUGAAAAAUUCAAAUCGUUGCCCAAAACCGGCAAGCCCUCGGGCAACCAAUGGACUGUUUUGGCAUGCGUUGUGGAGCACAACCGUCAGACGAGAGAUAGUCGGGUGGUGGCUCUGGGAUGUGGGACAAAGUGCAUUGGUUACACCAGACACUGCCCGAAAGGAUUCAUUCUGAACGACUCCCAUGCUGAAGUAUUGGCACGCCGAGCCUUCUUACGGUAUCUGUACCACGAACUGGAGCACGACCGUAUCUUCCAAUGGGCCGCCAAGCGUGGUUCAUUUGAUCUCAGUGCGCACGUGGAGUAUCAUUUCUUCAGCACUCAGACGCCAUGUGGGGACGCCUGUAUUGUGGAAGAGUCCGUAGCAAGGGUAGUCGAGAAGAAGGCAAAGCGUCAGCGACUGGACGAGAACUCUGAGAUAGUGUACACUGGCGGCAAGCUGAUAGGAGGUCAGAUGUCUGAAGAUAUGACCGACGACAUGCAGCAGACGCCGGGAGCCCUACGCACUAAGCCCGGUCGUGGCGUGCGCACUCUGUCCAUGUCGUGUAGUGAUAAGCUAGCCCGCUGGAACGUGCUUGGCGUCCAAGGGGCGCUGAUCGACUCUUUGCUCUCCAAGCCCAUAUAUUUCAGCACCCUCAACUUUUGCUGUACUGAGGCGCGUCAGGAGUCCGUGGAGCGGGCCAUCUACAAGCGCUGGCAAGGGCAAGGGCGGGACUCUAAGCACGCGCGAUUCCAACCCCACCAGCCACAAAUACGCAUCGACGGCAGUCUUUCCUUUGAGUAUGCACAGCGCGGUGACUGGCAGCCCUCCCCCAAUGGAUUGGUUUGGUCACAGGUGCCAAAUGAUCUCAGGCCCUAUGAGAUCUCUGUAAAUGGCAAGCGCCAAGGCGUGACAAAAAAAAAACUUGGAUCCGCCCAAGCUGCUUUAGCAGUUAGCAAGUUCAAACUGUUUCUAAAAUUCCUAAACAUGCUACAUUCGCAUGCAGAAUUGCGUGAAAAGUUUCAAAAAAACAUUUUCGAUCUGGAGCAAAUGUCUUAUGCUUCCUGCAAGGAUUUGUGUGAGGAUUAUCAGCAAGCGUGGUGCCAAUUGAAACGGGAAUACUUUCUGCAGUGGACCUGCAAGCCCAAUGAGUUGCUCAAUUUUACUUCGAAAACUGAAUAAGCAAAGCAUUGGUCGUCUCCUUCCAAGUGAAAUCCGCGAAUGGUGAAUGGUAUCAUACUAGCGGAUGGCUGAUGGCAAAUCCAUAUACGACUGUGUAAAGAAGGGUGUUAAUAGCGACUAAGUCGAAUCCCGACUCCAGUCAGCUGCCAUUGCCACCUCUUUUUGUACACCUCUGCUUAGAUAUCUACUAAAACAGACCGUAAUUGCCGGAAACCCUAACUGGGAAUGACACUUCACACCAGGGGUCGGCAGCGACACAGGAAAGUGUUUUGCUGCUGCGCUUACACCUGUUUCACACCGAGUAAAUCCGAGCCACGGCGUUAAAUUCAUCAGAAAUUGGUAGAAAAUUGGUGACAUCGAUUGAGAUGAUGGAAUAUGUACAGUCAAGGGUUCGGAAUACCAUGUAGUGGAG